CACACUCCGAAGCACAAGGUGGCGCUAGUGGGCCGAACCACCGUCAAAAAUCUGAAGGAAGAAGAAAACCUAUCAACGUAGAAGAAGAGGGCAGAGGCCUGCUUGAAAUCUUGAAAUCCAUGGAGCAGAAAAGAUAACGCUAAUAUUAAGAAGUUUUGUCCAUCGAUGAGGUUGUGAACGCCUCAUCUGUGUUUGGGACAUUGCUCAAGAUGCAGCACAGUAAUAUGAUUAAAUAGAGUAUCAUGUUGAGAUACUCUUGACACUGGCACACUACCUGACAAUACUUAACAGAUAUGCCGUGGUGCCUAAACACCAAGCGGAAAUAAUAUAAUUUUUAACCAUCACACAGUGAAACUGAAUUUUCAUUGUUUUUAUUAUCAUCAGAGAGCAGUUCCUUCUUGUAAACACAGCCUCAAAUCAAGCUGUCUUCAUCUAGACCAUGGUAGACAAUCGCUAUGCCACAGCUCUGGUCAUCGGCUCGGUGCUGAGCCUGCUGGCGACAGUAUAUCUCUCCGUGGCUGUGGGGACGCAGCACUGGUACCAGUACAGCUGUCCACCAGUCAAACGUGAGGGGAGCAACGCCUCCGAGCUCAGAGAGGAGUUUCUCAAUGGAGAGUUUGAUGAGAAGACUUACAGUGAAACCAUGUUCCGCCUGAACGGCACCCUGGGACUGUGGUGGAGGUGCAUCCUGGUGCCCAGCCAGUCCCACUGGUUCAAAGAGCCAGAGCCGAAGAUGGAGACGCAGUGUGUGAGCUUCACUCUUCCUCAGCAGUUUAGUCCAAAGUACAAAUACCCUGGAAUCCAUAACGAAGAGGAUCUGCUGAGAACAUACUUGUGGAGGUGCCAGUUUCUCCUACCCUUGGUGUCUCUGGCUUUGGUGUUCCUCGGUGGCCUUGUUGGGGUCUGUGCCUGCCUGUGCCGAAGUUUCACCCCCACCUUGGGUGUGGGAGUGCUCCAUCUACUCGCAGGUCUUUGCACUCUGGGCACUGUCUGCUGUUUCCUGGCCGGUGUGGAUUUGCUCCAACAGUAUUCGCCACCACCAGAAGGGGUAGAGGGCUCGCUGGGCUGGUCCCUCUACCUCGCCCUUAUCUCCUUUCCUCUGCAGAUAAUGGCAGCUGCUUUGUUCCUGUGGGCAGCCAGGAGUCACCGCAAAAACUACACCCGCAUGACUGCUUACAGGGUAGCCUAAAGAGAGACUACUACGACAACUUCCCUUAAAACAGCCUACUGGUCUGAGGACUUUCUUUAGAGAAAAAAGAGAAAAGGAAAAAAAACGUUUCUGGUUAAGGACUGUAUUUGUUACCACUUUUCACUUAUUCUGUAACAAUCUUUAAAUAGAAAAAGCUAUGACAUGAAAUCACAGACCUAGGCAGGACUACACCAAACCAUUUUGCAGCUAAUCAUCAUAAGUGCUCAUAAUCAGGGGUUUAAUACCUUUGGCUUAUGUUAUUUCACCUUUUUGUUUUCUAGCAUCUCUAACAUGCAUCUUACCCAAAGCAUGUUCUUUAACGUAUUUUAACACCCAGAUAUUGCGGAUCAUUUGUUAUUUCUGGUGUUAACUGUGUGGGUGUGCCAUACUUAAAGUGAUGGUUCGGAGUAAUUUCACCCUAGGGUCCUUUGCACCAUGACCUUGAGCCAAACAACCCCU